AAAGAAAGAAAUAAGAAGUAGCAGAACUUCACUUUCCUCAUAAAGAGGUAAUCGCAGCGCUAAGAGGAUUUACUUCAGCCGUCCGAUCUAGGGCUCUGGAGAAAAGAAACCCUAUAUAAACCUUAUCAUUGAAUGAGUGAGGUCUUUCGCCUCGGUCUUAUCUACUUCGUCUGGGCAGAAAAACGCAAGAGGGCAUAAGCUCUUGAAGAUGGUGCAGCGGCUCACGUAUCGCAAGCGGCAUAGCUAUGCCACCAAAUCCAACCAACACAGGGUCGUCAAAACCCCCGGGGGGAGAUUGGUGUACCAGAGCACUAAGAAGAGAGCCAGUGGACCGAAGUGCCCUGUUACUGGGAAGAGAAUCCAAGGGAUUCCUCAUUUGAGACCUGCUGAAUAUAAGAGGUCUAGAUUGUCCAGGAAUCGCAGGACUGUGAAUCGUGCCUAUGGUGGUGUAUUGUCUGGAGGUGCUGUGAGGGAGAGGAUCAUUCGAGCCUUCUUGGUGGAGGAACAAAAAAUUGUUAAAAAGGUCUUGAAGAUCCACAAGGCAAAGGAAAAGCAAGCCUCAAAGAGCUAAAUGAAUGGAGAAAGUAAAAGCUUUGUGGGCUUAUAACACAUGCAUGCAAGAAAUUUUGUGUUAGAUUAUGAUGACGGUGAUAAUGAUGAAAUGUGGGAGAAUGUUGUGAUGAGUCCUUUCUCUGAAUUUGAUAGAAUUGUUUUCAUAUUAGUUUGUUUGAGACUACUUAUGGGCUUGUUCAGUUUGUUGAGAAAUCAUUGCAGUCUUGUUUGAUAAUUUAGUGUUGAUUGAGAACUUGAUAAAUUGAUAAUGCCUUUUGAUUUUGUUCUGUUA